UUUUUUCUUUGGUCAUUUUCCUUUUGAAUUUCACCUUGGCGUUUCGACAUCACUAUAGAGGCCUAAUGGCGAGCAUUUGGGUUAACAUCACUCGGCGGUAGACCUCUUUAUUGCGGUUAUCCCCGAGUUUCAUUUUAUCACACUCUUCAGUUUCACAACUCUUCUUUACCAGUCAUCUCGAGUGGGUUAAUUGCCCGGAAAAGAUUGUCAGCACCUUCUUUUGGAAUUUUUCCUUUUUUUUUUUUUUUUUCUCUAUUCCUAUUUUACACACUCUAACCCCCCUGACGAAUUUCAUUGUGUUCAAAUCCUUGGGGGGUCACUCAUGUCUAAUAGCCAGUCUGGCUAUGUUCGGAGAUGAAACUUGCUUUCUGCUUCUCGGCAUGUCCGCUUCCGAUCUACUUAAGGUUAUUUUUAUCGAAUUUACACAUAACACGAGCUUUGCCUCAUAUCUGGGAGGUUAUCUGCUUUUAGGCGACCGAAAUUGGUAUCGCAAAAGGAAAUUGGAGCGCACCGGAAAAGAAUGGUGUCUUUAUUGUAGCAGUUCCGAGCAGAUGACUAUUCUUCUCUUUUCUCUUGUAUCAUUAUUCUUGUUCGUGCUGGACACGAAAUGCGAUAUUUCCGUUUAUCUCUACUGUGUAUAUCAAUAGAUGUGAAUAACCGUAUACUGUAUUCUCUUUGAGAGGCUUUGUAAGUUGUGC